UAACCAGUCUCCGCUCUCUCGUCCUGCUUAUAGCUCAGCAUCCAACACGCACCACCACAAAGACUACCGUCUGGAUUUUCGUCAUGGUAAAGCUGGGCAGUAACCUAUCGGAGAAGGUGGAGCGACAGGCGUCGCUGGAAGACGGCUUCGACAACAUCCCCCUCAUCACCCCACUGGAGGUGGGGCAGCUACAGCAGCCCUUCCCCGACAAGGUGAUAGUGAAGACCACCACAGAGUACGAGCUGCAGAAGAAGAAGAAGAAGAGGCUGUACGUGCCCAGCAUCAAGAAGCUCAACAUCAACCUGUACGACGAGGUGUCCGAGAAGGUCAAGCUCACUGGCCUGAUCCUGAUCACCUUGGCCUUCCUGGCGUGUUUGCUGCUGCUGGUGAUGUACAAGGCGCUGUGGUAUGACCAGCUCAGCUGCCCCGAGGGGUUCGUCCUCAAGCACAAGCACUGCACGCCGGCGGCCCUGGAGAUGUACUACUCGGAGCAGGAGGGUGGCGGCGGCGGCCCCAAGGGCGGCAGCCUGUACACGGCCAUCAGCCACCUGAGCCAGGCCAAGAAGAGCCUGCCCGAGCUGCCCUCGCCCUGGCUGCCCGUCAUCAACGCCCUCAAGGAGGCCCAGCGCGCCAAGGACCAGGCCGCCCACAGCCCCGAGUAGAGUAGAAGCCCCGGGGGGAGGGAGAGAGAGAGAGAGAGAGAGAGAGAGAGAGAGAGAGAGAGAGAGAGAGAGAGAGAGAGAGAUGAGUGGGGCAGGGUGAUUUGAGGGG